AUGACUUUGGACGAUCGCCAGCGCGAGGUUUUGCGAGAGAAGACCAAUCGUCUGCUGAGCUCGCGGGACUUCCCGAAAACAAUCUGCCCCUCCGAAGUCGCCCGUGCACUCUCGUCAUCAGAGCUGUCGACAUUGGGUGCGCCGGACUGGCGAGCAACCAUGGACUCUAUACGACAGCUUGUUUGGGAGAUGCGGGAAGCUGGCGAAGUCGAAGUCAUGCAGAAGGGUCAGGUGCUGGAUGUCAGCAACUUGGCGGAUAUCAAAGGUCCGAUCAGGGUGAGGAAGACUCGAAACCAUUGA